AUGGACACAACAAAUGUUUCAACAAAAGGAACUAACCCUGUAAGAAGCAACUCUUCAAAAGAACGUAGAUAUAAUGACAGAGUUAGCAUCUUUGAUUGGUUUUACCAAUUCAGUAUUCUACUCCAGAGAAGCCUCAAAGAAAGAAAAUAUGAAUCAUUCAACAUACUGAGAGUUUCUCAAGUUGUUGCCGCUGCAUUACUAGCUGGUUUAAUGUGGUGGCAUUCAGACUAUAUGAACAUUCAAGAUAGGCUUGGAUUACUCUUCUUCGUUUCAAUCUUUUGGGGUGUAUUCCCGUCUUUCAACUCUGUGUUUGCAUUCCCACAAGAGCGCGCAAUCUUUGUAAAAGAGAGAGCUUCUGGUAUGUACACAUUGUCAUCCUAUUUCAUGGCUAGAAUUGUCGGCGACCUACCAAUGGAGCUUAUUCUUCCAACAAUUUUCCUCAUUAUUACAUACUGGAUGGGAGGAUUGAAGCCUGAUUUGUUGUCUUUUCUCUUAACAUUGUUGGUUGUUCUUUUAUUCGUGCUUGUAUCACAAGGUCUUGGACUUGCUUUAGGUGCAGCAAUAAUGGAUGCUAAACAAGCUUCCACAGUUGCAGCAGUUACAAUGCUAGCAUUUGUUUUAACAGGUGGAUACUAUGUUCAUAAGGUUCCAUCUUGUGUUGUUUGGAUCAAAUAUAUAUCCACAACAUUCUAUAGUUACAGACUUUUGACUAGAAUUCAAUAUGGUGAUGGCAAAAAAAUUGCUUACCUAUUGGGUUGCAAUCAUGAGAGUAGUACUAGUGAUGGAGCUAACUGCAAAUUUCUUGAUGAAGAUGUGGUGGGUCAAAUGGGCCCAAUGGGAAGCAUUGGAGUGUUGUUUUUCAUGUUUGUGUUUUACAGAUUAUUGGCUUACCUUGCCUUGAGACGUAUAAAAAAUUGA